AUGGAAGCUGCAAUUCAGGCGCAGAUACCCAACAUCGACCAUGUAAUUUCGGAGUACUCUGUUGGCUACCUUGACCAUGCUUCGAAGCAGUAUGUGUCUGAGGAGAGCGCUGAGUCGCCACUUGACGAAGCUUUGGGCACCAUUACCUCGCUUCUAGUAUCAGCUUCUGGUAACUUCGCUCCAGACAACGAGCUAAACAUCCGCAACCUCCUCGAAAAGCUGAUCUCCGAACUCAGCGCCGCCAAUGGCGUCAAUGGAGAGCAGCGGCAGAUGCCAUUCACUCCCAAGCGCCUAGACCAGACACUUCAGGUAAGCUCACAACGCAACAUCUCUUCUACUCUCGGUCUCUCUACUGGUGGUGUGGAUUUGGAAGCCACCAAUACCCGCAAAGUUGAGUCCAAGGUCGACAAGAAGAAGCUUGAAAAGGCGGAACGCAAGAUUCGUGCCAAGCAGGAGAAGAAGACCAUGAAGAAUGUUGAGUAUGAAGCAUCAAGACUGCUUGAUCAGACAGACGAAGCUCAGUCCUACGAAGAAUUCUUCAUGGCUGUCAAUCCUCUUCAGCUCGGAUCCGACGCCCAAUCCAAGAGCAAAGAUAUCAAAGUCGAUGGUAUUGAUGUGUCUAUCGGGGGCAAGCGUAUUCUCUCCGAUACGAAUCUUACUCUCGCUUACGGUCGUCGCUACGGUCUCGUCGGCCAGAACGGUAUCGGUAAAUCCACCUUACUACGCGCACUGAGCCGAAGAGAGGUUGCUAUUCCUACGCAUAUCUCCAUUCUUCACGUCGAACAAGAGAUUGCUGGUGACGACACGCCAGCUCUGCAAGCCGUACUUGAUGCUGAUGUCUGGCGGAAACAUCUUCUCGCUGAACAAGAGAAGAUCAGCAAACAGCUUGCCACCCUGGAGACCGAGCGCAGCGGCCUUGCCGACACCUCUAAAGAUGCUGUCCGUCUGGAUCAAGAGCGAGAAGGCCUCGACACAACUCUAUCCGAUAUUCACGCCAAGCUCUCCGAGAUGGAGUCAGACAAAGCCGAAUCUCGUGCUGCUUCUAUCCUGGCCGGUCUCGGGUUCAGCACUGAGCGUCAGCAAUUCGCCACAAAGACCUUCUCAGGAGGUUGGCGUAUGCGUCUCGCGCUCGCCCGUGCCUUGUUCUGCGAGCCUGACCUCCUCCUUCUGGACGAACCGUCAAACAUGUUGGACGUUCCUUCCAUCACCUUCCUUUCCAACUACCUUCAAACGUACCCCUCCACUGUUCUGGUCGUCUCUCACGACCGGGCUUUCCUCGACGAAGUGGCUACCGAUAUCAUUCAUCAACACUCUGAGCGUCUGGACUACUACAAGGGUGGCAACUUCACCUCCUUCUACGCUACCAAAGAAGAGCGCCGCAAGACCGCCAAGCGCGAAUACGAAAACCAAAUGGCUGCUCGCGCCCAUUUGCAAGCCUUCAUCGACAAAUUCCGCUACAACGCAGCCAAGUCCUCCGAGGCACAGUCACGCAUCAAGAAGUUGGAACGCAUGCCGAUCCUUACGCCGCCCGAGGCCGAGUACACCGUGUCCUUCAAGUUCCCUGAGGUCGAAAAGCUCUCUCCACCCAUCAUCCAGAUGUCCAACGUCGCCUUCGGCUACGAUCCCAAAGUCCCCCUUCUUAGCAACGUCGACCUCGACGUACAGCUCGACUCCCGCAUCGGCAUCGUGGGCCCCAACGGCGCCGGCAAAACCACCGUCCUCAAGCUCCUCACGGGCCAGCUCACCCCCACCUCCGGCCUCAUCUCCCAACACGCUCGCCUGCGCGUCGGCUUUUUCGCGCAGCACCACGUCGACGGCCUCGAUCUCAACACCUCGGCCGUCGGCUUCAUGCAGCAGAAAUACCACGGCAAAACGGACGAAGAAUACCGCCGCCACCUGGGCGCCUUCGGCAUCACGGGCAUGACAGGCCUGCAGAAGAUGGAGCUCCUGUCCGGAGGCCAGAAAUCGCGUGUCGCCUUCGCGUGUAUCUCCCUCACGAACCCGCACAUCCUCGUGCUGGACGAGCCGUCGAAUCAUCUGGAUAUCGAGGCCAUGGACGCGCUGUCGACGGCGCUGCGGAAUUUCCAGGGCGGCGUGCUCAUGGUGUCGCAUGACGUGACGAUGCUGCAGAACGUGUGUGAUAGUCUGUGGGUGUGUGACAAGGGGAGGGUGGAGAAGUUCCCCGGCGAUAUCAAAGCGUACAAGAAGAAGAUUACGGCGCAGGCCGACGCGGCUGGCGUGGUGCAGGCGCAUUAG